GCGUCUUCCUAGUCUGGUUGCUAGCUAAUGUGCUAGCUAGCUGUCUGUCUUGUUUUUAUGCAUAACCUUGCACUUAGUCAACAUAUAAAUAAAGAUACAUCUAUUUAAAGGUUUAAUAUUAAUUCAUAUUUCGAAGUAGACUGCGAUGUGAAAAAGCCAGUGUUUACAACUUCACAUGAGUUCCAGGGAGAUAAAGGAGAUGGGAGACAUCUUGGCCAAUGAAGCUGAUCUUCUCGGGAUGAUCAAGGAGUAUUUGAAGUAUGGUGAAUUUGAAGAGACAGUUCAUCACUUUGAGAAGGAGUGUAAAAACAAAGGGAAAGUUGUUCCAAAGCCCAGAGGCAACAGUCUUCGGGACUCGAAAACGCUGAUUAUCCAGAAGGACCUGUUGAGCUCAUUUGAGGACGGCGACUUCAAGGUGUUCUUCGAGCUGUGGACAGAGUUUGUCCCUCUGGAGGUCAGGGAUUGUGAUCCUCACGCCCAGAAACUGGAGUUUUACCUUCAUGUCCACUUCACCAUCUUCCCCCUGAAAAUACACUUGGGCAGACAUGACCGAGCAGACUUUGAGGUGAGGAUCACCCACUUCAAGAACUACCUGGAGACGCGAGGGGCAGCACUCAGUCAGACCACUGAGUUCCUACCCUACUACGCCCUCCCCUUCGUGCCCAACCCUAUGGUGCACCCCUCCUUCAGAGAUCUCUUCCAGGAUUCCUGGAUUCCAGAGAUGAAGCAAGAGCUGGAGAAGUUCCUGACUGUGACACUGAAAGUGUCCAACACUCCAAGGCUUCUGUCGUUAUAUAAGGACGGCGGAAGGAAUACCAAAGACACCAUACAGCAGCUGCAGCUGCAGCUGGCCGAAGCAGAGAAGAGGACCAGCAGCUACAUGAGGAGGUUCAAUAAGAUGCAGGCCGAUCACCACAACCUGAUAGGAGUCACUGCCGAGCUGGUGGACUCUCUGGAGGCUACAGUCAGUGGGAAAAUGAUCUCUCCGGAAUACCUCCAGAGUGUGUGCGUGCGUCUCUUCAGUAGCCAGCUGAGGCAGAGUGCGGCGCAGAGCAUCGACUUCACCAGGCCUGGCACUGCUUCCUCAUUGCUACGAGCGUCUAUUGCACCUCAGAGGCCUAAGGAGGUGCCGCUGCUGCCCUCUCUGGACUAUGACAAGCUGAAGAGAGACUUGCUUUUGGGAUCAGACAGACUCAAGGCCCUGCUGCUCCAGGCCCUGUGCUGGAGACUGACCCGUUCUCUCCAAGGUGAGCAGAGGGACACGGUACUGCAGGCCUACGUCAGCAACGACCUCCUGGAUCACAGCACCAGACAGAAAUCUGUGCUCCUCUUGAUGAGGUCGAAGAACGAGAUGGUCAGGCAGUACAUGGCUCGUCUCAUCAAUGCUUUCGCUUCCCUCGCAGAGGGUCGUGUGUACCUGUCCCAGGUCCCGUCUUUGUUGAGGCUGCUCAUUGAGUCUCUAAGGACAGAGGAGAAAGACUCUGUGAGCAGAGAGAAUGUCCUGGGAGCCCUGCAGAAACUCAGCCUCAGGAGGAGCCAGCAGUCAGCCAUGAUAGAGGACGGUCUCAUUGACUGGCUGGUGGAUGAGCUGCAGGACUCUGACUGUCUGUCUGACUACACUCUGGAGUACGCUGUGGCCCUGCUCAUGAACCUAUGUCUACGCACCAGAGGAAAGAAGAAGUGUGCUGAGAACCCUAAACAUGUGCUGAAGGUUCUGACUGACCUCCUGGGACACGAGAACCACGAGAUUCGUCCGUACGUGAACGGAACCCUGUAUAGCAUCCUGUGUAUUCAUGCAAUGCGAGAGGAAGCCAAGGAGAUGAGUAUGGAGGAGAUCCUUCGCUGCUACAGUAAAGAGGAGAACCCGGAGCUCAACAGGCAGAUUGAGUUCAUUAUCAAACAGCUCAACUCAGGGGAGGUGACUGAAGAGGGACCAGAGUCUGAUGACGAAGAGGAGGAUGACGAUGAUGAGGAAGACGCGAUAGAGACGGACCUGGACAAAGAGGAAGUGCUUCAGCUGCAGCCCAGAGAGUUGUCCGGAGAGACACUACUGACCACAGAGUACCUGGGGAUCAUGACCAACAUGGCGACGAGGGUGAAGAGGAGAUCGGCAGCUCCUCUUGGACGGAGUGUCGAUGAACCCCUGCAGCGACCCGUAACCCCAAGCUCCCACCGAAACACACACAUCAUGGACUUCCGAGGAGGCAGCGAGGGCGACAGGGGUGAGGUAGGGUACCCUUUGAGCAGACAGAGGAGCGUGGACAGCCUGCCCCCGUCCCGCUACAGCUCCCGCCCCCCCACCCGCUCCGGCAGCCGGCCCAGCACCAGCGAAUCCCUGCACCACUCCAUGGACUCAGAGUGUGGCCGUUCAUCCCAGGAGUCUGGUGGGUCGUAUGAAGGACGAAGAGCCCAGGAGGGGGAGGAGCGCAACGGACACUCUGCCAGCAUUGAGAAUGUCCCCGGGUUUACCAGCCGGCCCAAGAUUCCCCGCACGCCGGAGAGUGACGCACCAGGCGUGGAUCCUCGGAGGGGUCGCGUUGUCCCGCCACUGGCCCCCCAGUUCUCCCAGUCUGAGCCCCAGCAGAGCAGCAGCCGACCUGGAUCAGGGGCCUCCGUCACCGUGGGAGGGCCAGGGGGCGGCAGACAGAGCAGCCAGUCGUACACAGGAAGUGAAAAGGACCUUUCACCACGGGGCCGCCAUAUCUCCUGAGGAGCAUCCAGCUUCCUGUAACUCCAUCCGCAGGUUGUAAUCAUCCAGCUUCCUGUAACUCCAUCCGCAGGUUGUGAUCAGGGUCAGGGCAUUAGAGAGGCUAGAGGUCGGUGGAGAGGU